AUGUCUUUUUGUUCAGCGUCGAAUGAAGUCACAAAGCUUCAACUGCAUUUAACAUUAUUAAAAGAGGAAUAUGGAAAGUUACAAAGCCACUGCGCGGAGGUGGAAAGAAAAUAUACACUUGCAGCAGCCUCAGCUGGCGACCUGAGCGAAACUAGCUUUGUAGCUCGACUUCUUAUGACUGUAUCUACACUCUAUGGCAGGGAAACAUAUUCAGAUAUAGUAAUAAAACUACAGAAUAAAUCCGUGCCUGGACAUAAAUUUGUUUUAAAUGCUCGUUCUGAUGAUUGGAAUGAAGAGGCUCUAAAAAAUUGUUCAGAAAUAGAUUGGUCUACACUCCCUGAUGAUGUUGGUUCUGCCCUUCUUAAAUGGCUCUACACAGAUGUGGUUGACCUUUCAAGAGGUGAUGCUUUUGCCUUGCAACUCAUGAAAUCAGCUGCUGGCUUCAAAUUGUAUGGUUUGGUUGGGAAGUGUGAACAAGCUUUAAUUGCAACUGUUGGUGUUAGGACAUGUGUCAAGUUUUAUUCAGCCGCUGAUGAAAUAAAUGCAACAGCAUUAAAGGAACAUUGUUCGGGCUUGAUAUCUGCACAUUGGGAUGAUUUGACAGGCGAGGACUUCGCCCACAUGUCCUCGGCUCUGCUUUAUCGGAUGUUGAAGAGUAAGACUCAGCAACCAUUACAUGGAGCAGUCAGGCUUUUGAGAGAAGACGUCGUGUUCCUCUGUCUAGUGGAAAACCACGCGAAUGUAAGUACCUAA